CUCAAUAUUUGAAUUCUUCUCAAAUCGGCACCGUAAAAUGAACAUAUAAGAUUGUGUAAUAUAAAAGAUUCGAUCAGAAUGAUUUAUCAAUAAGCUCGACAGCGUUACUUAUCUUAACUAAGUUGUUAAUUUCCUUUUAUCAGAUUCAGUCAGCAUGUAGACUUCAUCAAACUUGCUAGCACUCCUCAAAUUAUGUUUAAAACUCUUCUUUUUUUGGGAUGCCUCCUCGUCGUUUCAAUCAAAUCUGAAGUAGAUGAUUUCAACCAAAUACAUGGAAGACUUUAAACAUGCCCUGAAAGAUUAUGGAUCAUUAGUAAAGACGGAAAAAGAUCUCUUGAAACAACUUCAAGACGAUUUGAAUCUGAAUACACAUAGCGCCACCACAACUUAUUUGUCAUUUGUGAAGGAAUUGUACUUAUUGCACGAGGAACUCCAGAUGAAAUUUGAAAAAAUCCAACGGGUGUUUAAUGGCACUCGUCAUCAAGAUUUUCAAAAUGACGAAACGUUUGUACCUCUAGAGAGGGAUUUUAUACGCAACGACGUUAAGAAACUUGAAGGAGUUAAUACAAAAAUUCAGAAGCAAUCAUGGCACUUAUCUGACGAUGACGUUUUGAAGUUAAAGGGAAUUAAGGGAGCCUUGUGUCGCACAGGCUGGAAGUUGGUAGAGCUAAUUACUCUCUUUAAUGAGGAAGCCUAUAAAAUUUUCCAAACAGAAGCACCGGUCACACAGAUGGAAGAAGUGCAUCCACCAAUUUUUGGUGUCUAAAUCCUCAGGAGCUCCUUGUACCUCUUUGAUACAUGGGUUUUGUAAAAUUGAUUUGAAGGAAAUGGAAUGUUGUUAAGUACAUCAAAACACAAUAUUCCAUGGAAAUCAUUGAAAGCCACACAUUUUUUACUCUUUUAUCAUUAUGAGGGUUUUUUUUUCACCCAGUUUUGAACAGGGAUUAUUGAAGUCGCCUAAAAAAUUGAAGUAGAGAAAUUGACCGGGGAGCUGGUCAGUUCUUGGCGCAUGCGCACCUUGAAUUAAAACCGACUGACAGUGAAACUCCAUAUGGGGAUAAACGGGUCGAGGUAGGCGCAGGAGCUUGGAAGCACCGCGACCUUCGUGCACGCUUGUCAGCCUUACCCAUCCCGAGCUCAUUUUACAUUGAUUUGAAUGGGGAAAAUAACUAUUUACACCCACUAUUUGGCAACUACACUUUGCAAGUCAGUCCAAUUCGCGCUCCUAGUCACCGCAUCUCACUCACACACCCGCAUAAAGUUUUACAUACACACAUAUAGGCGGGACGAAUCGGGAGACGCCAGUCGCCGAGAUCCCCCGCGCAAAGUUCCUCAAGUUCGCGGAUGGAUUUCCGCAUAUUUCGGUAUACGUAUCAUUCGUGGGAACAGGGUGAGUGUGUGUGUGUGUAUCGAAUCCAAGAUCGGAGAAAAAUCAUAUUGCGAGGCUUUUGCGGUGACCGUAGGCGGAUUCAGAUGGCAGACUAAGCUCUUCCGAAGCGUUUAAGGCAAAAAAAAAGAAGAAGAAAAAAUCGGGAUUCGAACUCCAUUACGCUUUUUCUUUGCGGAGAAUGGACCUCUGAAUGAUGUUUGUGUCAGGUGACUGACAAAUUUGGAAUGUCAAGGAGAAAAAUAAAAACUAGAAACCUCAUGGGUUUUAUCGGAAUGGUUCUUUGUAUCCACAAAAAUUACUUUUUCCUCCUCAAAAUAAAUGAAAAUGUGUGAAAGAAUGUUGAGAUUCGCUAAAAAAGAACGGUAAGAAUUUGGCGUAUUCUCAUUUUUGUUUUAAAUCUGUAAAUUAGAAUGAACUAGAGAAGCUCCAAGAACUCAACACCCCCCCCCCUCAAAAUAAAACUAAAUGUUGGCCUCGCGGAACCCGGGACGCUCUACAAAAUCCUCACUGAGCAUUGAGCUGCCGAUCAACUAGGCAACUAUUCGUGUUUUGAUGUGUUGCUCACGGUAUCUUGUGAAAUUGAAGGCGAUUUAUCGUCCUUUCGCUCGACCCCAACUGCUGAUUGAGCUUUAGCUGGGUUAUUUCUUAUAUACAGCAGACUGCACUAUCGUAAACUUCCAAGUUUUCUUCUUCUUUUUCCUCAUUCUUCUCUCUGUUUGGAAGAUUUAAAUUCUCGACAAAAUUUCAACCACAUGAAGUAGUCAGCGAAUAUAAACCAUGAUCUCACUACUUUUGGCAGUCGUGGCAUAAGGAGCAAAAAAAAGAGAGAAUAAGAGGAAGAAUAACUAUUGAUGCUUGUAAUUUUUUUUGCAACGGCACUAAUUUUAUUUAAUUUGAAAGGUUUUUUUCUUCUUUUUUUUAAAGUUUAUUUACUGUUUAUUAGACGCACACAGAAAUCAUUUGAGCAGGUGGUAUCACCAAACCUCACGUAAUUGACGUUUUUCCACAAAAUUUUAAUUGUUCUAUUGUUCCACUCAUAGUCUUGUUCGACUUAAUAUUUAUUAUUUUCGCAUCAUAAUUCCAUUGAAAUGUUUCAAUACAUGUUAUAAAGGCAUCAUACGUAUUUGUCGGAGCGCCAACCAAGGCUAGCCAAUGGAUUUCAUUACAUGCAAACAAAAACAAUAUUUAAAUGAGAGACUCUUCGCACACAAUCCACUCGUGCAUUUAUUGACUUAUAUGUCAUGCAUAUUUAUUCCGGGUUUGCAUUUUUAUUGAUCCCUCAGUGUCAAAUAUAAUGUGUGUCGCUCUUUUGUGUGUCGGUCUAACUGAAAGCCGAAACUGGUUUGAAUACCGAUUACAGGUCCAAUCCAAUAUUCUCUUUUUAAUCAUUUACCCAUUCUCUUACGCUUAUUCCUAGCUGCUCCGGUUAAAAGUUGACGAACUUCAGAUCCUCCACGCCUGUUUACUGCGAUUCAGUUCGCAGAAUGGAAAAAACAGUUUAUGCAACUACAUAGUUGGAUAUGAUGCAAUUAUUCGAUGCUCUCAGCUCACCUUUACUGCACCUAUGCGCGGGCUGCGGAAAAAUUCUUUUGGCAUGCUAAUUGCGCUCAUAACCGCACAUACCAAAAAUUCUUGCUUUUUCAUUAUAAAACGUGAUGAAUUAGCGUAUAGGUCACAGACUUAAAUAAAUCUUAGCGUAGCUAGGCGCACGGUUUCGACUUGUCAACCCGUCAAAAUUAAGACUAGGGAUUUAUAUUCUCCCUUAAGUAAGAGUUUUAAUGUUUAUUUACCAUCGAAUUAGAUUCAUUGUCAUGAUGAAGCUAGAGUUGGGGUUUUAUGCAGCAAAUCCGUCCCCAUCAGGAUUUUAAUUUACUGACAUCGUAGAAAUCCUUUUAUGCAUAAUAAAUUUCAGAUGAUUUUAAAUACCUA